AAUGAGCAAUCCAGGCACCUCCUAAGAGACUGUACAAAUAACUUCUGGGAUGCCACUAACUCAUUCAGCAGAGACAAUCCCAGAGCUGCCAAUGCUUCGGGAAAGAUAAGUGUGUGGAAAAAGGUGGUUUUUACAGCCUCAGGCGGACAGAAGGGUUUUGCACCAUGAGUAUGCACUCCGCCCUGCAGCAGAGCUGAAAAAACCAGGAUCCCAGCUCCUCAGCCCCUCUCUCCACAAUAUUUGAUUAGGAAUUUGGGGGCGGGACCCUGGCCUGGCAUAGACACGCACACUCUCAGUAGACACUUACUCACUCUCGCUUCCUCUUUCUCUCUCUCACAAACGCUCCAACCCAAGGAGGCCAGACAGAGGAACGUGGCCACUCUCUGAAAGGUUCAACUCAAGAGACAAAAUGCAGUGGGCCUCCCUCCUGCUGCUGGCUGGGCUCUGCUCCUUCUCUCAGGCCCAGUAUGAUGAAGACCCCCACUGGUGGUUCCACUACCUCCGCAGCCAGCAGUCCACCUACUACGAUCCCUAUGACCCUUACGAGCCCUAUGAGCCUUAUCCUUAUGGGGUGGAGGAAGGUCCAGCCUAUGCCUACGGCUCUCCAUCCCCACCAGAGCCUCGCGACUGCCCCCAGGAGUGUGACUGCCCACCCAACUUCCCCACAGCCAUGUACUGUGACAACCGCAAACUCAAGUACCUGCCCUUCGUCCCCUCCCGCAUGAAGUAUGUCUACUUUCAGAACAAUCAGAUCACCUCCAUACAGGAAAGCGUCUUCGACAAUGCUACUGGACUGCUCUGGAUUGCUCUCCAUGGCAACCAGAUCACCAGUGAUAAGGUGGGGAAGAAGGUCUUCUCCAAGCUGAAGCACCUGGAGAGGUUGUACCUGGACCACAACAACCUGACUCGGAUGCCUGGUCCACUGCCUCGAUCUCUGAAGGAGCUCCAUCUUGAGCACAACCAGAUCUCCCGCGUCCCCAGCAAUGCUCUGGAGGGGCUAGAGAACCUCACGGCCCUGUACCUCCAACACAACGAGAUCCAGGAAGUGGGCAGUGCAAUGAAGGGUCUCCAGUCACUGAUCUUGCUGGACUUGAGUUAUAACCACCUUCGGAAGGUCCCUGAUGGGCUGCCCUCAGCCCUUGAGCAGCUAUAUCUGGAGCACAACAACGUCUACAGUGUCCCUGACAGUUACUUCCGGAGCUCGCCCAAGCUGCUAUAUGUACGGCUUUCCCACAAUAGCCUCACCAACAGUGGGCUGGCCUCUAACACCUUCAAUGCCAGCAGCCUCCUUGAGCUGGACCUGUCCUACAACCAGCUGCAGAAGAUCCCCCCAGUCAGCACCAACCUGGAGAACCUCUACCUCCAAGGCAAUAAGAUCAAUGAGUUCUCCAUCAGCAGCUUCUGCACCGUCGUGGACGUUAUGAACUUCUCCAAACUGCAAGUGCUGCGCCUGGACGGAAACGAGAUCCAGCGCAGCGCGAUGCCGGUGGAUGCGCCCCUCUGCCUACGCCUCGCCAGCCUCAUCGAGAUCUGAGCGAGGGCCGGAGCGCCCCAACUGCCCCAUUGCAUUUGGCUUGAUGGUUUGGUUUGGCUUUUGCUGGACGGCCUGGGAUAGACCAUGUGAC